AUGAGAGGCGGAGCCACGGGAAAGAGAAGAGCCACGGAGAAUUUCGGCGGAGCGCCGCCGCCACCACCACCAUCUGUAGAGCAUCAGCGUCAGUUUAACUCAAGAGACUCCGACGCCAGUUUCGCCAGCAGCCGUCCUUCAUCGAUCGGUUUAGGCCGAGCCUCCGAUGCAUACGCCGACAGAUCUCACCAGUCCACGACUAUCCGAUCCAUCAACACCUUCCUCUCCUCUCACAACUUCCCGAUCUCACUUCGCGCUCACCCCGUUCCUUCCGUCAAGGAUAUCUCCGAAACCCUAAAAUUCCUUCUCUCCGCCGUCGAUUUCCACUGCGAUACGCUCAAAUGGGACGAGGAUGUCGUCUUCGUCCUCAAAUUCCUCAAUUGUCCAUUCAAGCUUACUAAAUCUAGUCUCCGAGCUCCCAAUACCCCUCACAACUGGCCCAAUGUUCUCGCCGUUGUUCACUGGUUGGUCCAGACCGCUCGUUACCGCCAGCAUUUAUCAUCCAAUCCCGCCUCCAUCCCCGAUGCUAACUCCAUGAGCUCCUUCUCGAUCCAAAGCUACCGCCACUUCAUUCGCGGCGAGGAUGAAUUGGGUAAACUUCUAGAUUCCGAUUUCGAGGGUAAAUUGGAAGCGGAGAAGGCUAACGUCGCGGAAACGACUAACGGUUAUCAAAACAUUGCCGGCGAAUUGGAGGCUAAGCUUGAGGCACUAAGGAAAGGUCCGUCGAAGAAAGAGUCUCUGGAGAAUGUUAAAGCCAAUCUGGAGAAAGACGUGAACAAGCUGCGAACAAUGGUUGUGGGAUACACUGAUAAGACUCGAGGGAUGGAGAGAGUUGUGAAGGAGAAGGAAAAGGAGCUAAUAGCUAAGGAAGAAGAGAGACAUCAAAUCUCUGAAGAGAAUAAGGAUCUGAAGAAGAACGUGGAGGUUCAGAGUUUCAAUGUGAGAGAUGUGGAGAGGAUGAAAAGAGAGUUGCAAGCUGUGGAAAGAGAUGUUGCAGAGGCUGAGAGUGCUAGAGACGGUUGGGAGCAGAAAGCUUGGGAGCUCAAUUCUCAGAUCAGGAAUCAGUUUCAUCAGAUUCAAACACUUGCCAUUGAAUAUAACCAAGCUCUCAGGAGAUUGAAGCUGGAUAUUCAGUUUGCUGUGAGCGAGAAAGGAGAAGUGGGAAAGGUUUUGGGUUUGGACUACAAAUCAGAGGUAAAGCCAGCUCUUUCUUCGCUGUAUGAUGCGAUGGAGAAGGUGGAGACACAGACGGCGAUUCAACAACAGGCGUCUGAGAUGGCUUCGAAGAUGGAAGCGGAAAAGAGUCAUCUUGGUUCAGUUCAGCUUCAGAUCAAUGAACUCGAAGAAAGGAUUAGGCUUGUGAGGAAGGAAGGUCAGGCAGGAGUUGGCUACACAAUGCGACUCGGAGGCGAAAGCAAUGUUGGAGAGUAUGAAAACGGAGGCUACGAAUCUGGAGGUUGUGGAGAAAGAAGCUGCAGAGCUUUUGAAAGGUUCGGAGUUUAG